UGGUGUCUGAAAUAUAUACCGACAACGCCGUUCGAACGCUCGCAGAGCAACACCUUCUCCCGACAUAUCAAUUUCCGGUAGAACUGGUCAACAUUCACAAGAUAUCAUCUGAAGUCUGUGUGCAAAAUGCGUACUACAUGCUUGUCUAUCCUGUUCUUGUGCCUUUCGGCACUGAAUUGCGCAGUUGUCGACAGUGCCAAACUCCGAGAGUCAGCGUCUGCUACCGGGUCGAAGGUCACGGACGAAUCAAAAGACUUGGACGCGUCAGCGAGUAGCCACGCAUUUCUCUCGAGGAGAGAUUACUUUGAUGGCAGCCCCGGAGGAGAGAAUGGUUUUGGGGAUAUAGGAGGUGGCGUUGGAGUGUAUCCCGGCAUCGAAGGCGGGUCCACAUACGGCUCUGGGAAUAUAUAUCAAGGUGCCGGGUUGGCACCUGAUUAUCGCGGUUACCGUGCUGGAGGAUACGGGAAUGGAAUUAUUGGCGGAGGACAUACAGGUUACGGAUAUUACGGCACUACUGGAUAUGGACUUGGUUCUUCUGGUUACGGCCGUAAUUAUGGAGUUGGAGGUCUGGAUUCUAACGAUGGUAUUGGAUCUGGAGUUUAUGAUGAUGGAUAUUCGGUUUACCGGGGUACUAGACGUGGCUACAGUGGUUACGGAGGAAGAGACAGUGUAGGAUACGAUUCCUACCCGUACCGAGGAAGCGGAAGUUAUGGACGCAGUGGUUAUCAACCAUCCGGCUACCGAGGCUACUCUUAAGGGCAAAGCAUUAUCGCAUCCAUAAUUCCGGAACUAUACAUAGACGUGGACGAGAGGCGUUUUACAGGAAUUUUCAUAACUCGAGUUGAAAAUGUCAUAUUUUCAUUGCAUCGA